UCCCCGCUUUACCACCCGGAACCGAGCCCCACCCACCCGAGCCUGGCCAAAAGCCAAUUCGAAUCCCCCCGCCCCACACACACUACGCCCCGCAAUGCGGGCCUCCGUCGAGGAGGCGGGCGCGCUCCUCGCGCGGAGCGACUCCGCCGGCCGCCGCCGCCGCUCCUCGUCGCCCGUGCAGUCCGCGUCGCCGAGGCCCGGGGGCGGACUGAGGCGGCAGUCGUCGUCGUUCCGCGACGACGUCGGCCACGCCGCCUCCGAGACGUACCUCGUCUCGCGCCUCACCUUCACCCUCCUCCAGUACCUCGGGAUAUGUUACCGGUGGAUGUCACAGUUUCUUGCCCUCACAAUCUAUGCAAUUUUACUCAUGCCAGGUUUUAUACAAGUUGGAUAUUAUUAUUUCUUUUCUAGCCAGGUUCGUAGGAGUAUAGUCUACGGAGACCAACCCAGAAACAGGUUGGAUUUGUACAUACCAAAAGAUAACAGCAGACCCUGUCCAGUGGUGGCCUUUGUAACUGGUGGGGCUUGGAUUAUUGGUUACAAAGCAUGGGGUGCCCUUCUUGGAAGACGAUUGGCGGAGCGAGGAAUAAUAGUUGCUUGCAUUGAUUACAGAAAUUUCCCCCAAGGUAUAAUAGGCGACAUGGUUAACGAUGCUUCUCAGGGGGUUUCUUUUGUGUGUAACAACAUUGCCAGUUAUGGAGGAGAUCCUAAUCAGAUCUACUUGAUGGGUCAGUCAGCAGGUGCACAUAUUGCAGCAUGUGUCCUCAUGGAGCAGGCAGUAAAAGAAUCUAGUGGGCAUCCCCUUUCUUGGAGUGUUACUCAAAUCAAAGCAUACUUCGGUUUAUCUGGAGGGUACAACAUCCAUAAUUUGGUUGACCAUUUUAAUGAGCGUGGUCUUCAUCGUUCAAUAUUUCUCAGCAUAAUGGAAGGAGAGGAAUCAUUGUCACGUUAUUCUCCUGAAAUUGUUGCCAAGAAGUCAAGUGCUGAAGCCAUAGCUCUUCUGCCUCUUAUUGUUCUUAUGCAUGGAACCGAAGAUUAUUCAAUACCAUCAUCUGCCAGUCAAACUUUUGUUUACGUCCUCCAACAAGCUGGUGCUCAAGCAAGGUUACUGUUGUACGAAGGGAAAACACAUACAGAUAUAUUUUUACAGGACCCUCUUAGGGGCGGAAGAGAUCCAUUGGUUGAAGACGUCUUGUCUGUUAUUCAUGCCGAUGAUGCAAUUGGACGUCAAAAAAUUGCUUUGGAACCUGCUCAAAGGCGCUUGGUUUUUGAGUGGCAAUUAAAGUUGGCCCAUCGAAUUAGUCCAUUCUAGUAGGCUUGUGACUUCACGAAGAAAGGGUGCUCGGGAGUUGGUCGGAUUGGAUCAGGCAAGAAAAAAACUCGUUACUCUUCUUUCCUGGCAUUGGCCCUGUACUGUUCUUAUGUGGAACUUGUAGCUGGGAAUAGCUGGGAUGCAAUACGAGAGGAAGAAGCUACAUGAUUGGAAACCACAUCAUUAUUUUCUUUGCAAAGUUGUACAUAAUGCUGUAUAUUGUACUGCACAGAGGCUUGUAACCAUCUCUGUAAUAUUGUGUAAAGCACACAAAUAAAAUAUUAGAAUAUGACUUCAUGA